AUGUUUUUGAGGAAUAUCGUCCUUGUCAGGAGGUCACUCUUAGAAUGUGAAUUUUCCUUAAGGUAUUUAUGCAGUAGUGGAAAAGAUUUUUCCAGUUCUUCCUCCAGCAUUCCGACCAUCCCACUUACCUCUCCAUUACCUCAGAAUAAAUUUGGACAGUUUUGUACAGUUGGGGUGGCAAUUAACUCUGGUUCCAGGUAUGAAGUGGCUUACCCCAGUGGAAUUUCCCACUUCUUGGAAAAAUUGGCUUACAUGUCAACAGACAGAUUUAGGAACAGAGAUGAGAUUCUUCAAGAAUUAGAGAAACAUGGUGGCAUUAGUGAUUGUCAAGGUUCCAGAGAUACAUUGAUUUAUGCCAUGUCAGCAAAAACAGCCAGUCUACCUUCUAUUAUUGAAAUUUUAUCUGAAGUUGUCUUAAAACCCAAACUUACACAAGAAGAAGUUGAAGAUGCUCGAUGGAUGAUAAAAUUUGAAUUGGAAUCUCUCAAUAUGAAACCAGAACCAGAACCAUUAUUAAUGGAAUAUAUUCAUGCAGCUGCUUACAGAGACAACACUCUAGGUUUGGCAAAGAUUUGUCCACCUGAGAAUGUUUCCAUCGUAGACAAACGCCUACUUCACACCUACUUGCACAAUUACCACACCUCAGACCGUAUGGUGUUAGCAGGGGUUGGAAUGGAGCAUGAUGCUCUUGUUUCAGUGGCUGAAAAGUAUUUUGGAAACGUAAAGCCCUCUUGGAAUGAAGAUAGCAGGCUGAUUGCACAGACAAAAGGCCCAGAUCAAUCAAUGGCUCAAUAUACAGGUGGAAUUAUCAAGGUAGAGAAGGACUUGUCCAAUGUGAGCAUGGGACCAACGCCUAUGCCUGAAUUGGCUCACUUUGUUGUGGGUUUGGAGAGUUGCUCUCAUAAAGAUAGUGAUUUCAUAGCAUUCUGUGUACUGAAUAUGUUGAUGGGUGGAGGUGGCUCUUUCUCGGCUGGUGGUCCUGGCAAAGGCAUGUACACUCGGCUCUACCUAAAUGUAUUAAAUAAGCAUCAUUGGAUGUACAAUGCAACUGCAUACAAUCAUGCCUACGAUGACAGUGGCCUCUUCUGCAUUCAUGCAAGUUCCCAUCCCUCACAGCUCCGGCAUGUUGUAGAAGUAAUUAUCCGAGAACUUGUCAACACUGCUGGCGCAGUGUAUGAGGAUGAACUUAACCGUGCGAAGACACAACUACAGUCAAUGUUGAUGAUGAACCUGGAAGCCAGACCUGUUGUGUUUGAAGACGUCGCACGGCAAGUGCUCGCAAACCACCACCGAAAACCACCUCAGUUUUUCUAUGAUCAAAUAGCUCGUGUUACAGUUGAUGAUAUCCGACGUGUGGCUAACCGAAUGCUGAGUAGCAAACCGGCCAUUGCUGCUUAUGGUUCCUUAUCGAAAUUACCAAAAUAUGAAGACAUUCAAUCUGCAUUGCUUAACAAAGCCGGUAAGAUGCCGCAAAGGUUCUCUUUAUUUCGAUGA